UGAGAAAAGAGAGGUUUGUGUUUUCUGACACUUGGUGAGUUUCCUGACACACCGGGGACACAUAUUCAUGUAUAAAAGACGUACAAAAGUGCAUUUUGCAUGAUAGGUCCCCUUUAAGUUCAUAUUAUAGUUUAUUUAUCUGACACAUUCAGGGAUUUGGGUGGGUUUGGGUAGGUGUGUGAACAGUUUACCCUUUUAAAGAGGCGUGUGGCGCAGUGGAAUAGUGCGUUGGUGUUCGGAUCAGGGGAGCACAGGUUCAAACCCCAGGCUCUGUAUAUAGAUAAAUAGGUUUGAGAAGUAAAGUAACAACAAAUAUGAAUGAUAUAUUAUAUCAGAGUAAUUAUAUGAUUGAUUUAUAAUUCAGGCUACAAAUCCCUAUGGAAAUAGUAGGAAAUUAACAUGAAUGUAAUAAUAAUAAUAAUAAUAAUAGAUUACAUUUGUAUAGCGCCUUUCAAGGGACCCAAGGCCGCUUUUACAUGGUGAACAAACAAACAAAAGGGGCAAAUAAUAAAGUAAAAUGUAGAUCAGAAGCUCGGCUCUUUGUUUUGUAACUAUAUCUGACCUCCCCCCUGUUUCCCGUACAGUCUCUCUCUCUCCCCCCUCUGUUUUCUAUUUUCUCUCCCCUGUGUUCCUUCAGCUGCUGCCUGUCCGUCACUCUGCAGGCUGGGUUUCGGGGGGUAAAAUCUCUGUGGGCUUCUGCAGCAGUCGGCCAUGAAGCUCCAGCCUGCCGCUCUGAUCUCCGUCUUCCUCCUCGCUCUGUUCUCAGCUGAGUGCUGGUGCAGGAACGAGGAGGAGCGUCUGAUCAACUUCCUGAUUACAGAGCAAGGAUACAACAAAGAGCUGCGACCCGUAAAGAGACAGCAGGAUGUCGUCGAUGUUUACCUCGCCCUCACACUCUCCAACCUCAUCUCUCUGAAAGAGGUGGACGAGACUCUGCUGACAAACGUAUGGAUAGAUCAUACGUGGGUUGACUUCCGCCUUGCAUGGAAUGAGACAGAGUUUGACGGCAUCAAGGAGCUGCGUCUGCCUUCCAAAAUGUUGUGGCUGCCGGAGAUCGUACUGGAAAACAAUAACGACGCCCAAUUCGAGGUGGCGUACUACAGUAACGUGGUGGUGUAUUCCACAGGUCUCUGCUACUGGUUACCGCCCGCCAUCUUCCGCUCCUCCUGCUCCAUCAACGUCAACUACUUCCCCUUCGACUGGCAGAACUGCACGCUCAAAUUUGUCUCUCUGACCUACAAUGCCAAAGAGAUCAAGAUGAAUCUUAAGGAAGAGUGGUCCGAUGACGGAAAAACUCUCUUAUGUUUGGUGGAGUGGAUCAUCAUCGACCCUGCCAGCUUUACAGAGAACGGCGAGUGGGAGAUUAACCACCGCCCGGCCAAGAAAAACACGUACGAACACAUCCCCAUGGAGAGCAACAAGCACCAGGACAUCACCUUCUACCUGAUCAUCAAACGCAAGCCGCUAUUCUACAUCGUCAACAUCAUCAUCCCCUGCGUGCUCAUCUCCUUCCUCGCAUCCCUGGUCUACUACCUGCCGGCUGACAGUGGUGAGAAGAUGACCUUGUCUAUCUCCGUGCUGCUGGCUCAGUCUGUCUUCCUGCUGCUGAUCUCUCAGAGGCUGCCAGAGACUUCUAUGUCUGUUCCACUUAUUGUCAAAUACCUGAUGUUCAUCAUGGUGUUGGUGACGGUGGUGGUGUUGAACUGUGUGGUCGUCCUCAACCUGCACUUCAGGACCCCGAGCACACACGUCAUGUCUGAUUGGACCAAGAAGAUGUUCCUCGAGCGACUGCCUCGCAUCCUUCGCAUGUCCCCACCAACGGCGGCGGAGCCAUACUGGGAUGGAGCGUUGCCACGGCGAACCAGCUCUGUGGGCUACAUCGCCUCGGCGGAGGAGUACUACAGUGUGAAGUCUCGCAGCGAGCUGAUGUUCGAGAAACAGUCAGUGAGGCACGGACUGAUAACCCGCGCCACACACUCAUCAGUUGUGAAGCCUCAAGCUGAUGGCGGGGUGACGGAUCAGCUGUAUGCGGAGAUCAAGCCGGCGGUGGACGGAGCGAACUACAUCAUCAAACAAAUGAGGAACAAAAACGACUUCAACGAGGAGAAGGAUAACUGGAGCGGUGUCGCCCGAACGGUGGACCGUCUGUGUCUCUUCUUGGACCCGGUGAUGACCAUCGGCACCAUCAUCAUCUUCCUCAUGGGCGUCUACAAUAUCCCACCCCCCCUGCCCUUCCAGGGAGACCCCUACGACUACAGCGAAAAUAAACCCUCGCCUGCCUGAAUAGCUGUGUGACUUAAAUAUGGAGUGAAUAACUUAAUUAGUAUAUUACUAUUUCAAUAAUUUUGUUUGUGUGAUUUGAAUAAAAAUGUUCACUAAAAUCCUUUAA